UGUUAAACCCCCGCGUUGUAGAAAUCUAGAAGUAUAUCAGAGGAGGUCGUGGAGAGGGGUCUCAUCAUAUUCAUCCCUGUUAAACCCACCCACGUCUACUUGUGUAAUCUCUGCUACCUUCUCUCAACUUUUCACACCCUCAAAAAUGGCGGACGUUAAAGAAGAAGAGCAACAAAUCCCAGCAGAGAACCUCCAAUCUCUCUCCAUCAACGACCCUUCUCACUCUUCUCCCUCCGCCGCCGCCGCCGUCAGGAUGUCAUUGGAGCAAAGAUUUGAGAUUAUAAAAAGUGUGGGGGAGGAGUGCAUACAAGAAGGGGAGUUGAUGGAACUCCUCAAGAAAAAGGAUGAACCUAUUUGCUAUGAUGGGUUUGAACCAUCUGGUCGUAUGCAUAUUGCCCAGGGGGCUAUGAAGACAAUCAAUGUGAACAAGUUGGUAUCUUCUGGUUGUAGAGUAAGGAUGUGGAUUGGAGAUUGGUUCGCUUUCUUAAAUAACAAAAUGGGUGGUGAUUUGAAGAAAAUUGAAGUUGUUGGGAAGUAUUUUAUUGAAAUCUGGAAGGCUGCUGGAAUGGAUAUUGAUUCAGGAAAAGUUGAGUUUUUAUGGUCCUCCAAAGAAAUCAAUGCACGUUCAGAUGAGUACUGGCCUCUUGUGAUGGAUAUAGCUCGAAAAAACAAGCUGCCAAGGCUCCAGAGGUGCUGUCAAAUUAUGGGCCGUGAAGACCCAGAAGAUCUAUCUGGUGCUCAGAUCUUGUAUCCCUGCAUGCAAUGUGCUGAUAUCUUUUUUCUGAAGGCAGACAUUUGCCAGCUUGGUAUGGAUCAGCGCAAGGUCAACAUGCUUGCUCGGGAGUAUUGUGACGAUAUCAAAAGAAAGCAUAAGCCCAUUAUAUUAUCACACCAUAUGCUUCCAGGCUUGCUCCAAGGGCAAGAAAAGAUGUCGAAGUCUGACACAUCAUCUUCGAUCUUCAUGGAGGAUGAGGAGGCCGAAGUUAAUUUGAAGAUCAAGAAAGCUUACUGCCCACCAAAGAUAGUUGAAGGAAAUCCAUGUCUUGAAUAUGUGAAAUACAUUGUCUUGCCAUGGUUCAAGGAAUUUACCGUGGAACGCAAAGCUGAAUAUGGUGGUCCUAAAACUUACCUGACCUUUGAAGAUCUGAUAGCUGAUUAUGAAGCAGAGGCGCUGCAUCCUGGAGAUGUCAAACCUGCCUUAGCUAAGGCACUGAAUAAAAUCCUUCAGCCUGUCCGAGAUCAUUUUGCCAACAAUGCCGAUGCCAAAGAUUUACUUAAGAGGGUCAAGUCCUACAGGGUCACCAGGUGAAGGGAAACAAAUGUUUAUAGAACUUGAUCAUGUUCACUCCCCACGUAAGACGCUAAUUAAAACAAGUGGGAAGUUGGCUAGAUCAUGCCAAGUUUUGCAUUAUUGCAACGUGCAAGGAAAUUGAGUUAUUGAAUUUGAAUAUAGCUAUGUUGGAUUUGAUUAUAACGUGGUACUAAGGUACAAGAUUUUAUUCCAAAAUUUUGGGUAGACA